AUGAGCGCAAUCGGAGGAAAAACCACCGCGGUUUCCACGGUUGCCGAGACUUCACCGCAGGAACCAAAGAGAAGUUAUGGGACUCUAGAACCAGAUGGAGAAAGUUCGGACUCGAAUAAUCCUUUCUUGGACCCUGACGUUGCGGAGUAUUGGAGAACGGUCUAUGAGAAGGCGCAGUAUGAGUGUCGCCAUGUCUUUGAUCCUGCACUCACUUGGACGGCCGAGGAAGAGAAAGCCAUAGUCAGGAAACUUGACUGGAGAAUUUGUUUAUGGGCUUGUAUUAUGUUCUUUGCGCUGCAGGUUGAUCGGGGAAAUCUAGUUCAGGCAGUCUCUGAUACUCUUCUGACGGAUCUGGGGUUGACUACCAAUGACUACAACUAUGGCAACAUCGCUUUUCGACUCUCAUUUCUGGCCGCAGAACUCCCUUCGCAACUUGUGUCGAAAAAGCUUGGCCCGGACCGCUGGAUUCCUAUCCAGAUGGUACUAUGGUCCAUUGUGGCCAUCACGCAGUGCCAACUGAGCGGUAAAACAUCGUUCUUCGUCACGCGGUGUUUGCUGGGUGCUCUAGAGGGUGGCUUCAUCCCCGACAUUGUCCUGUGGCUUUCAUAUUUCUAUACUGCCCGAGAACUUCCAGUCCGACUGAGCUUCUUCUGGACAUCGCUAUCAGUCACCACAAUUGUAACAUCUCUCCUCGCCUUCGCAGUCUUCCACCUCAGUGGCGUACACGGCAUGGCCGGCUGGCAAUGGCUCUUCCUGAUCGAAGGCGUCAUCACCCUAUCAAUCGGUCUUGCUUCAUUCUUCAUGAUGCCAGCCUCGGUCGUCCAAACAAAGACCUGGUUCCGACCAAACGGCUGGUUCAGCGAUCGCGAAGUCGCGAUUGUAGCAAAUCGAGUCCUACGCGACGAUCCGUCCAAGGGUGACAUGCACAAUCGACAAGCCAUCACUCCGACGAGACUCUGGAGCGCGAUCAAGGAUUACCACAUGUGGCCUAUUUACCUCAUUGGCGUGGUGGCUUAUAUUCCUCAGUCGCCGGUCAAUUCUUAUAUCACGCUUACGCUCCGCUCGGUUGGGUUUGAUAAGUUCCAGACUAAUCUUCUGACGAUCCCGGCGAGUGUGUUCCACAUUAUCAAUCUGCUGAUUAUUACUUGGGUGGCUAGCCGUCUUAAUUCCUGGUCAUUAGUCGCCAUGUUUCAAGGUCUUUGGACCCUGCCUUGUUUGAUUGCUUUGCGGGUUUGGCCGGAUGUUAUUUCCAACGCUUGGGGCACUUAUGCUGUGGUCACUGUGCUAUUGAGCUAUCCUUACUGUCAUGCGAUUGUGGUUGCGUGGGCAUCCCGAAACUCGAACAACGUCGGCAAUCGUUCUGUCUCCGCGGCCCUUUAUAAUAUGGCAGUUCAAGCCGGAGAUGUGGCCGCCUACUUCGUCUACCGCGAUGACGACAAACCCAAGUAUCGGCGAGGAAAUACCUCCCUCAUCGCAAUCAACGUUCUUGCCAUUGCGCUUUUCCUCGGAGCAAAGGCGUACUACGUCUUUGAGAACGGAAGAAGGGAGAAAAUCUGGAAUCAAAUGUCGGAGGAGGAACGGAAUGAGUAUAUCAAGAAUACCGAUAUCCAGGGAAGCAAGCGGUUGGACUUUAGAUUCGCUCAUUGA